AUGGCCGAGCCACCGAUGCAGCACGCCACUACGGAGCCGCCACCUCGCCGGUUUGUCGACCUCCCCAUCGAUGUUUACGAAGAAAUCUUUAAGUUUCUUGAUAUUCGCUCGGUGAGUCGGAUGUUUAAGGCCUUCAGCAGUCUCCCUGGUUUCAACGACUUCCGCCAAAAGACAACCAAAUAUUUCAGAGGAAGGGUGGUGAAAGUGAGUUUAGAACAUAUUAUUCAAAGCAAUACCACUGAGAUCUCCUUCGACUUGUUGGCUUAUCUUCCACCGUCAAAUCCAGUACAGCUGUUGUCUUUAAGGGUACAGGGUCACUGUGAUUCACCCCUUCGCGUCGAUCUCAAGGGAUUAAAUGGAAACGUCGUUGCUUUGCAAUUGAUCGUUGUUGAAAUUGAUGCUAACGAAAUUCCUGACACAACUAAAAGCUUAUCUCUCCGACUUUGUGUAUUCAAAGCUCCACCCAGUCUCAAGCAUUUGAUUAAUCUUACCUCAUUCACCGACGAAUAUAGCGGUUAUGAUUACACCGACAAGUUGCCGCUACUGCUCGUCUCCUUCAAAAGUUGGCAUCCCCACCGUGUCACUCCCUUUAAUGUUUCGUCACUUCAAAACCUUGAGGAGGUGGCUGGUAACAAAUUUUUCGACAUUCCUUGGUCUCAAAUUGAGACGGCUUCUGUUCCUUGUAUUCCUGGCGAUGCACGUUGUGAAAUGUUGAGAGAAAUUACAAUUCUCUACGGGUUUAAAAGAGAACCUAUUAAGCCGAAUUUCAAAAACAUUUACUGCCCCAAUCUCCAGAAGGUGAAGCUUGACACGUCCAUUGAAGGCGAAAUCACUGACUUUCUCACUACUACCCAGCUUGCCCAGUUGAAAUUGUUCCACGGAGAUGGCAUUUUGGUACGUGACUUGACUUUACUUCCACAAGCAGAAGAUUUGUGCGUGGAGUACGACCAGCGCCUUACGAGACAUAGUGUUUUGCCCUCCAAGUUGGUGAGGUUGUUCAUUUACUCCUGGGAUCCCGUCGACGGCAUUCCCUCUCAACUCGAGUACUUUGGAUUGUCCAAUGACUUGGAGGAGGUUUUCACCGAGGUUGACUCUACCACUCUCAAGGAAUUGAACGUGUUCUCGUACGGAUCGGUGAGCAUCAAUUGA